CCCGCGUAAACUCGCGCGUGCGCGCCCUCGCCUUCAAUGUGGCGCGCCGCGCUGGUGGCCCGCGUAAUUCACCGCGUGAGGUCGCCGUGCCAUCUCGCGUAAGAUUCGUUUCUGAUCGGCGACCAUUUGAUUUCCGAGAGGCACUGUGCACACUUUUCCCGCGCCCGCUCCGGGCGCGCCCACGAGAAAGCUGCGAGCGGCGGCGGCCGCGAGGAGCUGGGCCUGGCCUACCUGCUGCUGGUGGGCUACGGCGCCAGGGUGGCGUGCGGCGCAGUGCACCUGCCGGGGUCGGUGGGCGUCUUCCUGGCGGGCUUCGCGUACUCCUACUUCAUGGAGAGCGAGCUGCUGUCGGCGCGGAACCAGCUCCAGGAGCUGGCCUUCUUCUUCGUCCUGCUGAACGCGGGCUUCGAGAUCCGGCUCAAGGAAGUCAGGCUCUAUGUGCUCGUGAUGGCGUCGCUGCCCGCCGCGUUCGAGCUGCUGGGCCUCACCCUCUACGGGGUGUGCGCCCAGGGGUACACCCUCGUGGAGAGCCUGGUCCUGGGGACCGUGCUGUUCUGCCUCGGGGAGGGCCUGGUGGUGCCGAAGAUGGAGGAGCUCUCCUCGCAGUUCCCGGGGCAUCCCAUGCCGCGGCUCGUGCUGACCUGGGCGUCCCUUGAGGCCACCUUCGCCCUGACGCUUUUCGGCAUCCUCACGGGCGUGUCGGACCCCGCGAACCACCCGCACGCGAACGUGGGCGUGCUGAUCCUUGGCAGCGCAGUGCAGGUGACAUGCACAGUAGCCGCAGGGGCAACGUUUGGUGCCAGCAGCGGCUGGCUCAUCGCCAGGCGUGGCCAGCUGAAGUACAAGGGCAAGCAGGUCUUCAUGGACACCACCGUGGAGGCUUUCUUGCUCAUCCUCGGAGUUGCGCUCGUGGUGUACAGCUUGGGCGACCCAGACAUCCUCUCGCUCGGUCUUGUGGAGGGAGACUCGCUUUUCCAGCCCGAGCUCUUCGUGAUCGUUACCGGUUGCUUCUUUGCGCACAGCACCGACCCCGUCCUUCUCCAGGAUGUCGGUUCUGCGGUGAGCGGCGUCUGGGUUUUCGGGAGCAUCAUCCUUUUCACGCUGCUGGGUAGCCGCACAGACAUCGCCGACUUCGAGAUGAAGACGAUCCUCCAGGUGGUGCCCCUCAUGACCACGGGUAUGUUCCUCAGGUUCGUCGGCGUGCUCGUCGCCACCUGGCUCACGGCCGGGAUGAGGGGCGGAUGCCGCUGCGCACGGUGCGUCCAGGCACACAAGGCUUCUUUCGUCCCAGACGCGCUGUUCUGCUUCCUGUCCUCCCUCCCGCGGGCCACCAUCCAGGGCGCCCUGGGCUCCCUCCCAGUGCAGCAGCGCUUCUUCCAGUACGACCCCAGCAGGCGGGAGGUGCAGGCCUUCGUGGCCGCAACGGCCAGGCUUUACAUCUUUGUCUUCUCCAUCCUCGGCGCCGUGCUGCUCGAGUUCCACGGCCCCAACCUCCUCCGUGUCGCCAGCCAGAGGCGCGCGCUCUUCGCCUGCGAGCGCGCGGCCGACGCCGCAGAGCUCGACGGCCGGGGCCUGCCAGCGGACCCGCGCGAGGUGACGCUGGCGGUGCGCCCGCCGCCGCCGCUGUGCGCGGCGGGUGCCGGCGCCGCGGAGGACUCCUGCGGUGGCCAAGCUUCGUCGUGCAGCGCCCUGGGCGGGGCGCGCGGCGGCGCAGCCGCGGGGGCGCCCGAGGAGCCGGAAGGC